AUGCUGAGGGAAAUAAUUGCAUAUUGUGUCCUUGCAUCUGUAACAGCUGCACCAAACAUUCGUGCUGACCUGAUCACCUGUGAGAUAUGUCACGUGGCUGUUCAUGAUCUCCAGAAACUCGUUGCGGAAAACGCCACACAGUUUACAGUUGAAGAGAGACUAGAGGAUAUCUGCAGCAGACUCACAUCUCACGUGGAUGACUGCCUAGGAUUUGUCAGAUCAAAGGCCCCAGACAUAUUCAAUUCACUAUCACAAAGACUGGAUCCAGAGAGUAUAUGCAUUCAACUAGACGUCUGUCCAAAACCAACAGAAUCUAUAGAAAGAAAGAUAUCUGAAGUCCUCGGUGAACUAACACUGGAACAAGCAAACCAAAUAGAAUGUGAAAUUUGCAAACUGUUGGUCACAGAAUUCGACAAUCUCCUGCAAGGAAACAAAUCUCAGGAAAUCGUCAUAAAAACUGUUCACAACCUCUGCAACGCUCUGCCAGAUGCUUUCAAGAAAUUUUGCGAUGCCUAUGCUCCACAGAUUAUAGAAUUAAUAGUCUCUGGUGUCGAUCCAAAGAAAGUCUGUGAUGACAUUAAAUUGUGCUCCCAAGGAGGUGAGCUUGGAGGUAAAAAGAACAACAAAUUAAAGACACAUCGACCAACAGAGGACCCAAUAUGUGAAGUUUGUAAGCUGAUUGUGACUGAAGUGGAUUGGUAUCUUAAGCGAAACGCAUCGUCCGAGUCAAUUAAUACAACAGUCAGCAAAGUCUGCAAUAAACUUCCCUCUGCAUUCAAGAUACUGUGCAAUUCUAUGGCCCCUGGUAUCGUUAAGCACCUGGAAGCAGGAUUUGAUCCUGCCUCUACAUGUGUGUAUCUGAAGCUUUGCACUCAAGAUUCAGAACUAGUUGAAUUUAAUCGCAAAGACGAGGCCAAUCCGUUGGAGUGUGAAAUUUGCAAACUAUUGAUAAACGAAUUGGACAAUUAUUUAAUUACAAACGACACAAAAGAAAAAGUUGAAGAAGCUGUGACGAAGUUUUGUGACAGUCUGCCUCCAGAAAUCAAAGCUUUUUGUGAUGAAUUCAAAGAUAAACUUGUCCAGGCGAUUAUUGAUGGACUCACUGGGGAUGAAAUUUGCAAGUUUAUUAAACUUUGUAAUGUUUCAAAACCUGAGGAUCAAUUUACACAAGUCCCAGUUCCACAAGUGGAUGGAGCAAUUGAUGAAGUUGGGCCACGAGAUGGAGGAAAAUUUUGUGACAUUUGUGAAAUACUCAUGGGAAUUAUAGAAACACAGGCCACCAUGAACAGAAGCGCUAAAGCAAUAAACGACACAAUAUACACCAUUUGUCAGUUGUUUUCACGUGACGUCAUGUUAGUAUGUGACCUCAUUGCACCAACAAUAGUUAAAAAGAUUGAAGGGGGAUUUGACCCAGCAACAGCUUGCAAAGAUAUAAAACUCUGUACACAAAGCUUUACAGGAGUUGUUGAUGAAAUUUUGGAGAACACUGUCGUCAAAAUCAAAGAACAAAACGCCGAAAAGAAAAGGGUUGAGGAUGCAAAAUGUGAACUCUGCGAAUUCCUUGUUAAUAUAAUAGAUCAGGAACUGGGACAAAAUGCUUCUUUGGACAAAAUAAACAACACUGUGUACUCUCUUUGUAAUUUACUUCCAACUGGAAUUAAAGCAACCUGUGAACUGAUAGCACCAACAAUAGUAAAAGAACUCGCACAAGGACUUGAUCCACUGAAGACUUGUGAAACACUGAAGCUUUGUACAAAUGGAACAAUUUAUUCAGGACUCAUGGAAGGAUUCAGGGAACAUGCAUAUAAAAUAAUGAGAGGACCCUCAGCUACAUCGCCUCAGGAUGCAAAGUGUGAACUUUGUGAAUUUCUUGUGAAAAUAGUUGACCAAGAACUUGGACAAAAUGCGUCUCUUGAUAAAAUAAACAAUACUAUUUAUGGCUUAUGCAAUCUCCUACCAGCUGCAGUCAAAGCUACGUGCGACCUUUUAGCACCAUCCAUUGUCUCAGAGCUGGCGAAAGGUCUGGAUCCACUGAAGACGUGCGAAUCUCUGAAGCUGUGUACAAACGGAACUUUGGGUCUCGGUGAAAUUGAAACACCUGAAAAGGAAAUAAUCUCUCACGUAGAACAAAUAAAGGAUAGUGCUGCAUGUGAUGUUUGUCAGUUUGUGGUUCAGAUAUUGGACGAAUACAUACAGAGUAAUACUUCAGGGGAAAGCAUCAACACCACCGUCUACAAGAUCUGUGCACUCUUACCAGAACCUAUUAAGGAUUUGUGCAAUCAAGCAGCACCGAAUAUAGUGAAAACUGUUGAAGAUGGAGUUGAUCCGAAAAAAGCAUGCACAGAAAUAAAACUUUGCAAUAAUGGGACCUAUUCUUUGACCCUGACGUUACCUGGUGUGUCGUGCGAAAUGUGUCAUGGACUGGUGGAAGCUGUUCUUCCCCGACAGUUUACAGAACAAUUGGCCCUUAGACUGUGUGAGACCACAUGUCCACGAGACAACAUCAGACAUAGAAGAUCAGUGGUGAAAAAAUUCUCCCACUUUGCAUCAGAUCUCGUCAAAACCGAAGAGGGAAAGUUAAAAGUUGGUGAGGAUAUUGAGUGUGAUGUGUGCACUUGGCUUGCAGAGGCUACUAAUAUAUUCUUAGAAGACAACAAGACAGAGAACACUAUUCAUGAAUAUCUUAAUAAUAUCUGUCGUUUCAUACCAGAACCAUACAGCAAAACGUGCUUGAACACAGUGCCUUUGAUUAUCAAGGAGUUAGAAAACGGUUUUGAACCAAAGAAAUUAUGCAAAGAAAUACUUCCAGAUGAUUGUAAAAAUGUAACCAAAAUAGUUGGAGACAUACCUGAAUUUAUGAUGUCAAUCGUUCCCAAGGCCGAUCAAUCAAAUCAGAAAUGUGACUUAUGCAAAAAAGUUGUGAAGACUCUUACAGAUUCAUUGGAUAAAGAUGACGCUAAGGUUUUAGCAUACAUUCAGGACAUCUGUCAUCGUCUUCCGAACCCAACAAACAACGCUUGUUCCAAUUUGGCCAAUAAAGAAUAUUCAGUGAUAGUUGACAAAAUCAUUCAAAAGCUGUUGGAUCCAACGAAAGUUUGUGAGAUGGUCAACGUUUGUACAAAAGAAUAACAUGAAAAAAUCUUGAAAUCAGUGACAAUUCAAGAAGAAAAGUGUAAAUUACUGAAAAUUUCAAUCGUUAUGUUAAUAUAAAUUUAACACCUAUAUAUUUGUCAUCUGCGCAUACCAUUGUUCUUAUCUUUAUGAAAUAGAAAUCGUCACUUGAAGAAUUAAAAUUUGGUUAACUUGAA